UACAGAAUAUGGUGGUGAGUGCGCACUAGAAACACUCACUAGACCGUAACGUUGGUUUGAAUAAUUAUUUAAACCUUUUUUAAAUUUCCGGCCAAUUAUUCAGACUAUAUGCAGUGACAUUAGAAUUGUCAAAAUAAAAUAGACACUUAUACUUAUAUUACGUUUAUCAAAACCGAUAUAAUUGAGCACGUUAAUUUACGCGGCGAAUAUUUUUAGAGUCCAUAAAAAUGGCCAAUGAAGCUGAGGACACAAUUCGAAAACUGUCGACGUACAAAGGCGUGGUUGGCGUCGUCGUUGUAAACGGAGAAGGAAUACCGAUAAAAACCACUUUAGAUAAUCACAUUUCCGUACAAUACGCGGGCCUAUUGACCGCGUUGGUGGACAAAGCGAAAACUGUCGUGCGAGACCUGGAUCCGUCUAAUGACUUGACAUUUUUGAGGAUAAGAAGCAAAAAAAGCGAAGUAAUGGUGGCGCCCGAUAAAGAAUUUAUAUUAAUAGUAGUUCAAAAUCCUGUUGAGUAAUUUGAAAUUUACUAAGUAUUACCACCUGUUUUGGUUGAAAGGUCAAUUUUUUUUUUAAAAUAAAUAUCCUUCACUUAGAUUAAUUAGUACGGCAGUUUGAGACAAAUUUCAUAGAAUUAUUAAGACAGAAUAAAAGCUGCAUUUAGAAGUCUAAAGUUUUAUUUAGUCAAUAAAAUUACAAUCACACCACACACCUUU